AUGGCGGAGGAAGUCAAGAUGCUGGCUCCGGCUGGCUGCGCUCCGGGCAUGAACAUGAAUGUCAACGUCAACGUCAACGCCCUGUCACAGUCGCUACCGCCCUUGCUCAAGCGUAAACGCACCGAUUCCUCCGCGACCGACGCUCCCGCUGCAACCAAGCCUCGUCCUGAGCCAUCAGUCGUCGCGCCAACCCUCUCUACCUCGACGCCGACCGUCGUGCCUGCUUCGGAACCCGUGGCAGCGCCCGUCGCGACAUCGCCAUCGAUUACGAUAGCGCGCGAGCCGGCGCCGGCGCCGGCCGCGAGCGUGCGCCCGGAUGUGAAUCGCCUGCGCGAGACCAUCACCGCCCAGCUCAGUCUCGAGGUUCUCCUCAAGCACAACGAGCUGCGCCUGAUCGACCAGGAGAUUGCAAAGUGCCAGGUCGCGCUGGAACAGUUGCGACGCUGCGCUGAGAUCCCUUACCCGGGGUCUGCAAUCUCUGGUGUGUCGGCCGAUGUGAGCGCUGGCACGGGCGCGUCGGUGCUGCUGCCUGGAAAUGGCCCGGCACCGAUUUCGCCCGCGCCUUGGGGUGUCACGGAGGGUCCAUACUCGCGACACUACGCGAGAUGGCUCCUGCCGGACCCUCGGUUCGACGGUGGCGAGGUCGAGACGGGAUCGCUGGCGGUUCGUGACGGUGGCUUCAUGGUGCCGGAGGGUCGUUCAACCCGAGGAAAUCCAAUGGACUUUAGCUCGCUGGCGGGCAAGACUCGACCGUCGCGUGGGACUCCUCAAGCGAAAUUCCAGUCUUUGUCGUCUGGGUAUCCUGUUCCCAAGGAGAAGCCUGGACCGAUGCUCAUCCGGCGCAAGUCGGAUCAGGUCCUGGUCAAGCUGGUUUGUCUCGACUGUCGUCGGGAUAACUUCUCGAGCACUCAGGGUUUCAUCAACCACUGCCGUAUUGCGCACAACCGGAACUUUGCCAGCCAUGACGCUGCUGCGAUGGCUUCGGGUGAACCGGUUGAAGUCGAUGAUGCGGGUGCUAUCGUCGGUGGUACCGCUCCUCGCAGCGAGUCGACCAGCAGUGUCCAGACACCCGGGUUUGUGCAUCCGUUGAUUCGCUCUGCUCAACUCCCUACUCCUUCGAAAGAGUCGGCUACGCCUCAGACACCCUCGCCGGUCAAUAUGCCUGUCGCGGUUGCAACUCCGCCUGCUACGGUGCAGCAGAAGCCCGAGCCCCGUCGUCAGUCCGAGUCAGUCCAGGCUACGAGGAAUCCUUCCUUCCUUGCUUCCCCUGCUACGCCGCAUCUGUCUGCACUAAUGCGCGAUCGCGGCCUCGGACUGAACAUGGACAAGCUUGUGGCCGAGGCCAAGACUCCCGUCGAUCUCAGUGGUCUUUCUGACGAUGAUUCGGAUGCCGAUGAAUCGGGACACCAGUCCACGGGAACCAAUCAGACCUCGUCUCAGCAGGGCGCCCCCGUUGCUCGUCAUCCCAUGCGCACCCCGACGGCUCAAGCUGCUCUCCAGCGACCGGAGGGUCGCAAGGGUAUCGACAGAGAGCCCCAUGACCUGCCGGACUUGACUCCUUCCCGUCCGCCGUAUCAGCAGUCUUUCCUCGAUCUCUCCUCGCUCCCCAGUGGUCCUCACCCUGCACUGACCGACUCGUCUCGGGAAUGUGUCAGCCUGGACCACUCGGUCAACCUGAGUCCUAACGCACUCGAGUCUAACCAAGCCCCCAGCCUGGUUAGCGAUGACGAGGAUGACUACGAGGCGGCCUCGGACUCUGACAGCCCGAGCUCUUCCGAGGCUGACGAGGAGGAGCAGGAGUUCCGUCACAUCGAAGUCGAAGAUGACGAGCGUGCUGGUGCUCCAUCUGCUGCUACCGCCGAAGCCAAGCCCGGUCCAUCAUUGACAAACCCGGGUCCUCAGGCUGCACCUACGCUGUCCAAGCCGUUGAAGCAAAGCCGCUCCAAGAAGAUGUCUAUGGUUCCUACAUUCGGUGACCGCAGACGUGAUGAGGAACAAGUGAGCUUCGUGCACCCCAACAGCGAGGAAGCCAAGCUGAAGCGCUCGAACGGGCAAAAGCCUCCGCAGUCGAACUAG